AUGUCUUUCCACCACAACGUCCGCAGUGAUUUGGCCGCAAGAAACGUGCUUGUUCAGUCCCGGGAACUGGUGCAAAUAACCGACUUCGGAUUGGCUAAAAUGUUGGACACCAACGACGAGGACAGCGUUGUAGUUCGCACUGGACGUGUUCCAAUUCGUUGGUUGGCUAUUGAGACGCUUCAAGCUGGCAUCUACUCUCACAAAACCGAUGUCUGGAGCUACGGUGUGACGCUGUGGGAGAUUUUCACAUUUGGCAAACAACCCUACGAAAAUAUAAGCACCUCGGAGAUUAAGGAUCAUGUAAUGAAGGGAGUGCGGCUGAGUCAGCCGGAAAUUUGUACGCUUGAUACCUACAUGGUGAUGGUGCAAUGCUGGAUGGAAGAACACGAAUCCAGGCCGACUUUCUUAGAGCUGAUGAAAUGUUUCCACAAGUACUGUCAAACGCCGGGCAGAUACUUGUACAUCGAGGGCGAUGAGUAUGCGAUAACUCGUGCCUCUCCGUACACCCCUUCACCGGCUCCUUGGACCGAGAUGAAACCGCUGCCGAGUAGUUUCCGGGGCGUACCAGACGGCACCUUGGGGCCACCCAACGGGACAGGGUAUGCCUUUAGGUUCCCUGAAGAGCACUUCUUCGAUGAUCAUCAACGCCACCUUCUGGGAGAGACGAUGGGAGAGGGCAGUGGCAACCCGGAGGCAGAAUCUCUUCUUCCACAGAGAGCUGGCAACGAUCAUCAUCAUCAUCAUCAUCGCCGAUUUUUUUCCCACUCAAAUGAGACGAGAAUGCGACAAAGCGGGCGACAGGAGCGUGCUCCGGCUGCUGGUGGUGGUGCAUCGACAAACACUUCCGUGGUCUCGACGAAUUUGGACUCGUGGCCAACUGGAAGCGGGAUGGGAUCGAAUGCCGCCUUUCCUGUCUUAGAGCAUAAUCAAAACCAGCAACAACAACCGAAAUACUACAACACCGCUUUUCUGGCCAGUGGCACUUACGGACCCCUUGUUAGACCACCAUCACCACCGCCAGCGCCACCACCCCUCGCACAAGUGGAGCGUGAUGAUGACUUAGACACGAUGGGUAGUGGGAUUAAAGACGCUGAGAUUAACUACCUUUCCACUCUCGAGAUGUCUAUGGACGGUGUUGAGGGAGCGGGUGGAGGGGAACAAUCGUUGCAGCCAGAAGACUACCUGGAACCGAGAGCAAGUGCCGAUGGCAAAAAACGGUCGGGAGGUUUCAAUGCCGUUGGAAAUCCCGAUUACUUGGUGGAUAAUCAAGGAUACUUCCAACCCGCCGGUCCGACUAAACCUGUUUAA